AUGGCCAUGCUGCGUGGAGUGGUCCUCUUUUGCUUGACUCGGUCCCUACUUUCCGCGUCGAUUGCGGCUGGGGGCCAUGUCACCUGCGCGCUCUCCGGUGGGCGGGUAAGGUGCUGGGGCCAGGGAAGCAUGGGCCAGCUGGGACAAGGCCAUGCCGGGGACCUGAAGGAUGCGAGCCAGAUCCCUGCCGUGAGCCUCGGCGAGGGCCGCAGCGCGCGGCAGGUGGCGGUCGGGAAGGAGCACGUGUGCGCGCGGCUCAGCGAUGACCGCGUUGCCUGCUGGGGUCAUGGACCGAACGGACAGCUGGGACGGGGGCCUACCCCGAAACAGCUGGGCGUCCAGUCUGAGGACAUGGGGGAUAAUUUGGUCCCAGUGGAUCUGGGCCAGGGAGCCCUGGACGUGGUGGCCGGGGACGUUCAGAGCUGCGCCCGGCUGAUGGAUCGGUCCCUGAAAUGCUGGGGCAAGGGCCUCACGGGCGCCUUGGGUCAGGGCAGCUCGAGCUUUGGAGAGAGCCUUAUUCCGGUGGAUCUGGGGCAGCCCGUGCUCCAGGUGGCGGCAGGUACCUCGCACACUUGCGCGCUGUUGGAGGGCGGCACGCUCAAGUGCUGGGGCGAUGGUGGCUCCGGGCAGUUGGGCCAAGGCAGCCGCGACGAUGUCGACUCGCCGUCCCAGGUGGCCAGCCUCCCGGCCAUCGACCUGGGCUCCGGCGCCCAGGUGCUGGAGGUCGCCGCCGGCCGGGGCUUCACCUGCGCGCGCCUCGCGGGGGGCACGGUCAAGUGCUGGGGACGUGGCAGCAGCGGCCAGCUCGGGUUGGGCUCCACUGCCUACAUCGGCGACGAUGCGGAGGACAUGGGUGAUGCCCUGCCGGCUUUGGACCUGGGACGGUCGGCCUUGAUGUUGGCAGCGGGCGAGGACCAUGCCUGCGCCCAGCUGGACGACCACUCGGUCAAGUGCUGGGGGAAGAACGACUAUGGCCAGCUGGGGCAGGGUCACAUGCAGCCCAUUGGCGACGGGCCUGGGGAAAUGGGGCAGAACCUGCUGCCUGUCGACCUGGGUGCCAAUCGCUCGGCACUGGCGGUGGCAGCGGGCGCUUUUCACAGCUGUGCCAUCCUCGAUGAUCACAGCGUGAAGUGUUGGGGCUGCAAUUCUCAUGGCCAGCUGGGCAACGGGGGCACGGCUUCCCUGGGGGACGAUCCGCACGAGAUGGGUGAGCAGCUGCCCGUGAGCCUCUUCUUCAGCGAGGGCUCCGACUCUGCGACACCUGAGGCAAUGCCGCGGACGAUGCGUUUCCUGCAGCCUGCCGGCAGCUGCUGUGACAACAGCAGCAACGCGACGAAGAGCCCCUGCGAGCUUCUUCAGGCGUAUAUGGAGUCCAUCUUCACAACGACGACCACCACCUCCUUCAACCUCACGUUCUCGACGGCGCGAAUGACGAGCGACGAGAAGCGGGUCGUCACGUUCGCCUCCAUGGGUGUUGUGGCAACGCUGUUGUUCUUCCUCCUCUGCUUCAUCUUCUCGAAGACCCUGAAGCGGCGGCGCGAAAGGCUCGAAAAGCUGGCUGAUGAGGCAGCGAUAAGGGAGAUGGUCAGCGACGACGACGACGAGGACAGCAAGGCCUCCGCGCGGGCCCUUUCAGCGGCCAUGGUGCCAGAGGCAUCUCCCGCGCCUCCCUUGCAGGAGACCCUUCGCCCAGAGCAGCUGAAGGAGGCCCGACCGCCCGCGUUGGAGCCAAGCAAGCUUCCGGCCAGUGACGUCGUACCUCCCAGCACAUGUGGAGUGGCCCAGAAGGGGCCAACAAGCAAAGUGACUGUGAUGACUAGUUCUCCUUCACUGGCCAUCACGCUCAUCUUGAGUGCUGAGCAGAAGGAGCCCCACGUGACCAGGGACGGGCCAUUGAGCAUCCAAGUCGCGCGCACUGCUGUGACUCGCUCUGACGCCAUGGACAGCUGGCAGUUCCCCAUGGGGGCUUGCGCAGCCCCGGCUUUGCUGCUCUGGUUCUGGCAUCUUACGCAGGCACCGGAAAACACCACGCCGACAGAGCAUUGCCCAUGGCACAUCAUCUCCGCUGCGGAUGUGAAGACGUGGAUCGGGUACCUGACCCGCACCACGGAAGCUUGGUGGAAGGGAGAUGCAGAGCCGAGUCCUAUGGCCAUGCGAGUCGAAGAGGAGCUUUGCCGCGUGCGCCUGCGGAUGUUCAUGACCUUCUUUCGGCUGACCGUGCCCAUGAUGCUGGUCAUGGCCUUGGUGUCCGCAGUGGAAUUCCUGCGGGAGCCCAGCUUCUGCUGUGGGAGCUGGUGCUUUAUCCUGUCCCUGGUGGCUGCGUUCGAUCGUAUUGUGGCUGACAGGCAGCUGCCCUGCACGCUUCAGUUUCUGCACAACAUGCGGUUCUUCUUCGUCAUCGCAAAUCUGGCGGCCACCUUCAGUAACGGCUGGGCAAGCAAGGACGACUUCUUGGGCCGAAUUGGCAUCGUCAUCGGAGCGCAGACUUUGCACGGAAUCCUCUUCCCAGCAGACGGAAUGACAGUUGUGAAUUCGGUUCUUCACACGGUUCUCUACAUCUGGGCCACUGCACAGGUUCAUGGCCAAAGCUCACUGAACCUAUGGUUGUUUACGUUCCACAUGGCUUUCCAAAUCCUGGUGUGCAAUGUCUUUCCCUUCGUGCUGGAGUUUACCUUGCGGGACUGCGUCACAGCGUCCUUCCAGUCGAAGGACUCGGACUCACUAAUUUCCGGGUUUCGCCAGAUGCUGAAAGGCAUCUGCGACGGGGAGUUGCUGGUGGAUGGCAAGUUCCGCAUCUGCGGCGGCGCGCCGUGCCUUCAGCGGCUGCUGGCAAGCCAAGAGGAGUUUGCCGGGCGCUGCCUGCGGGAUCUCAUCGACGGCGACGAGGCGCGAGAGAAGAUCGAUGGGUUCCUCGUGCCUGCCGUGCAAGGGGAUGACGCGGAGGACCUUCGGCCGAACGAAGGUGCCCCGCGCUGCCUGCGCGUGCCGCUGAAGGCUCCUUCCGGCCAGGUUGUCCCAGUCGACGUCUUCCACGUGCCACUUCCCCGCAGCCUCUACGGGGAGAGCACCAACUACCACCUGCUGGCGCUCACCGAGGACGUCGACGCCCGAACCCAGCCAAAGGCCGACGCGAUGUCUCAGAGUGCAUUGCCAAGCAGCCUGCUGGCGUCCCGACGCCCGCCGGCGGCCUCUGUAGCCAGCAGCGCCGACACGCAGCUGGAAGGCUGCGACGAGCUGAUGGAGAUGACGCUGCUGCUGAACGCCAGCACGGAGCUCAUGGACAUCGAGGAGGCCCACCUCCGAUUCGUGCGCCACACCGAGGAGCCCAAGGUCCGGCUGGGCAUGCCCACCCUGAAGCGCUUCGCGCGGCCGCUGGACUGGGCCGGCAUCGACGCCACGCUGCGCCGCUACGCGCGCGAGGUGCGGAAGGCCUCGGCGAACGGCCAGGAGGUGGUGGAGAGGCAGGCGCUGCCGCAUCCGUUGGUGCUGCGGCUGCCCGGGGAGACGAGGAAGUACCUCCUCUCAAGGUCCUCGACCGUCAGCUCCCCUUUCAAGCGCAAGGAGUUGCACGAGCCCGUGUACCUCUACUUGCACAUGACGGACUUCCAGGGACCACCCCGGCCGACGCCCAGGGGUCUGGCGGGGCUCAACGAGGCCUUCGAGGAGCGCGCCGCAGAUCUGCAGCCACCCCCUGGCGGCCUCUGCGAGGAUCCUGGAGGAAGGCAGCAUCGACCUGCCGCCGAUGGUGAGCCAGCAGUUUCACACCGACGUCGCGGUGAGAACAGGGGUGCACUCGUUAUUCCGUGGUACCCGGUUUACUAG